GUAGCGGUUCCGUUGUUUCGAACUUGACGCGGCAAGUCCUUGGCAAGUCUGCGUAGCUCGUCGGGGCCAACGUGAACAGUUUCUGGCGCCAUAUCGGGCAUCGCCCAUGCUGCGACAUGAAGACAGAGGGAAUUAACAACCCGUCGUGCACAGCCUAUGACGGUAGCGCGGACGAGCCACGCAGCCCGCAGCAACAGCCGCACCAGGGCUGUCCUUUGCAGUGCUACGGGCCGUCGAUGACAUCCUCACCAGUGGGGCUCGCCGGCAUCGCUCCACCGCUGCGCUUCCGGUCGGCCUCGUGCGGCGGCGCCGGUGCGCACACAGUUCCGGGCAUCAUCGGCCGGAAGCAGCUGUCCCCAUUCAAGCCUCUCGUACGUAGCCGUGGCUGGCCCGCAGCAUUUAACUGUCCCCUGACACCACUUGAUCGAGUGGUGCGUGCGUGUCGCUCAGACCGGCACUCCGAUGGGGCCAUGGCGGGCGGAGCAGCACAGCAGCAACGCAGGUGUUCGCUGAGCAAGCUGCGGGGCACUGCGCUGUGUGCCUUCAGCUUUGGCAGCUGGGGCAGUGGCAGUGGUGCAGGGGGAGUGUUGGGGCCCCCAGAACUGCAGCCGUCACACGGGGGCAGCACCAACCUGCUCAGUGGCAGCUGGGUCUUCUACAGCGGAGGAGCUCCCUCCUCACCUGUGGCCUCUCUGCUGCAGCCUGGAAAGGCAGUCGUCACCGUCGAUGCCUCCACCACACAGAUCCUGACGGCCAACAAGGCAGCCUGUGCCCUGUUGGGCGUUUUGAGCACCCAGGUUAGCAGCAGACGUCUGUCGGAAUUCCUAGCCAUGAAGAAGGGCCAGUAUGCUCUCACUGAGGCCGACGUCGAUGCUGCCGGGGAGGUGGUUGUCAUCGCUGGCAAAGUGAUGGAUCUCAUCGACAGUGAUGGGAAAGUGGUCCCAGUGUCGGUGUGGGUCCGUAAGCUGGAGUCUGACUCUGAGCCACGUUGCCUGGUUGUAAUGGAACCUGUGCAGCGAACGACCGCGGUGGUCACAUUUGACUCUGCCAAGGGACAGAUAUUAACUGCGGACAAGAGCCUGGCUGCAUUGUGCGGGUAUUCGGAUGGUGCAGAACUCGAAGGAACACUCAUUACGGACAUCAUUCCUUCGCUUGUUCUGCCCACCUGUGAGGACGGUGUGGUCAAGCUGGUACGCAAGCAGCAAGCCACGGGACGCACGCGAGAUGGCAGCACUUUUCCCCUGAGCAUCCUGCUCGAGCCAGUCUCUUCCGACGAUCAGGGUGACUCAAGCGUGUGCAACAGCCAGGCUGCCACCACCACAGCCGACAGCAGCCCAGUAGCACCCGUUGCCAGCGUGUACCGUGGUGUGGUGUGGGUGUUUGCUAACAUCAGCGGCAUGAUCACGGUGCUACCGGACGGCUCGAUUCACUCCUGCAACACAAACUUCUCCCUCAUGCUUUUCGGCUACACCCAGAACCAGCUUCAGGGAAAGCACAUCACUGUGGUGAUCCCGACAUUCUAUGAUGACUUUGAGUACCUGGACACAGAUUCAGUCCCACUACCACCUUUGGACGACGACGAAGAAGACUCUAGGGCGUGUGCAUUCCUUGAUGAGCGACCAGAUUCAGACACCACAGAGCUGUGCCGGCCACUUAACCCACUUGGGAAGCCCUUUUCUCCGAGGGGCGGUGGUCAAAGGCGAGGCCACGGUGGCAGCCGGAGCAGCUCUGUCACCGGAGACGACCUUCCUUUGCGCUUGCAAGAUCUGAGCAUGACUGGCUCCGUCAUUGGCUCAGUUUCUGGUCGAUCACUAGGUGGCUUCCAGAGGUCGACAUCGGCAGCCGAGCCCUUGGCUCCAGUGCUUGGGCCCUCAGGGGAAGGCCAAGCAUCGAGUGCGUCCGGUGACCUCAAUGGCAAUAACGUUGCAUCAUCCUCGGUGGACAGCCCCAGAAGAAUUCCUGGCACAAGGCUGAAGAGCUCGCUGAGUGCUGAUGUCCUGGGCAGCCCACUGCUUCGUGGCGAAGGUGAUGUCUCUGUUCUGGCUUCGGUUGCUAAGAGCCAUCAGCAGCAGCAGCAGCAACAGCAGCAGCAGCAGCAGCAGCAGCGCCUUGGUGCUGCCAUAGAAGACGAAAGCUCGAUAACUACAACACGCUCCUUGAGGGACCUUGCGGAAGAGGAGGAAGAGGCUGAAAAUGACUUGCUGCCACUGGGUGAAGCGAAGCUGCCGACAUCAGAUAGCUUCCACUCUACGUCGACGAUGACAUCGAGCACAAUGUACAGUUCUGAGGAGAACACCCAGGAGGCAUCAUUCAGGCGGCACGACUCUCAUCCGUCCACAGCGUCUGGUGCCGACGGGGAUGAAGCUGCCAACGAACGUGCCUUCCAGGCAGAGCUGAAGACAUUCCGCAGCUGUGAUUCGCUCCUCAGCAUUGCUGAAGGAUCUUAUACAGGCCUUGGCAGGCAUCGAGAUGGCUCGCAUAUUGCCAUUGUGUACCAAAUCCGGAGGGUGGACCUGGAAGAAGGCUCCUCCAUCUACUGCCUCUGGGUGUCACGUGACCUGGAGGUGGACAGUUGCCCACCGCAGUACCCAACUCCGUCCUCUCCACUCCGCUCCUUGACGCUCGGCUCGGUUAGUUCCGACACUGAGGCCUCACGAGAGGACACCAGCGAUCAUACUGAGCGUAAAGGUACUGCCCUGCACGACGAGACUGCAGAGUCUGAGUACACGAGCGGACUCUAUGCUGAGCAUUACACGACCUUACAGCAGAUUGGCAAGGGUGCUUACGGAUGCGUCAAGAUGGCAUACCGAAACUCAGACCGCCUCCUUGUGAUCACCAAAUUCAUCCGCAAGAGCAAGGUGUACGAAGAGAGCUGGGUGCAUGACCAGAUGAUGGGGAGAGUGGUGCCUCUGGAAGUGAGCCUGCUUACCACGCUCAGCCACCCCAACAUUGUGCGGGUGUUGGACGUCUUCGAGAACAGCUCCCACUUCCAAAUGGUCAUGGAACGUCAUGGGGCUGGCAUGGACCUCUUCGAGUUCAUUGACAGGGCACCCUGCCUCGAUGAGCCCCUUGCCUCUUACAUCUUCAGACAGGUGGUGAGUGCCCUCUCAUACCUGCAUGGCCUGCACAUCCUCCAUCGUGAUGUCAAGGACGAGAACAUAAUAAUGGACGAGCGCUUCAACGUGAAGCUCAUCGACUUUGGUUCUGCGGCAUUUAUGGCUCCUGACCGCCACUUUACCACCUUCUGCGGCACCGUCGAGUACUGCAGCCCUGAGGUCUUGCAGGGCAACCCAUAUGCAGGGCCUGAACUGGAGAUGUGGGCGUUGGGUGUGACGCUGUACACGCUCAUAUUUGGGGAGAACCCUUUCUUUGAUGUGGAGGAAACAAUUGCAGCGAUGCUCAAGCCACCCUAUGCAACUUCCAGAGAUCUUUGGGAGCUGAUUUCACGGCUCCUUCAUCCUGAACCGCAUCAGCGCUGCACUCUGGCCGAGGCAGAGCACCACCCAUGGACGACCCAGCCUGUCUGCCCCGAGAGCUACCGCUUUGAGGAUGUCGUCCAUGCCACCCCUGAGGAGAUAAGCCCGUCCAAGUACUUCCAUCAAGACAGCUCGAUAUACUUCAGCUGCAGCCUCUACGACCUUAGCAAGAGCGACGGUCCAUCUUCAAGACACCGGAGCCUCAGCUGCGCCAGUUCCGUGACCGGCCACGCGCACUCUCGUUGCUCCUCAAGUCACGAACAAGCAACAGCAUCUGCUGCCGCCCCACCACCCAGCAUGAUUUCGCUUGCUGGGCCGUGCGAGAAGGCUGGCACUGUAGUUGCCUCUGAAGCAGCAGCUUACAGCACUGAAGACAUCUCGAGGGAACUGGAAGCCUGUUCCUAGGUUGCUUGUGCUAGGUGCCGAAAAAUAAUGCGUGGAAUACGAGUCAGCCCGUUUGCUUAUAACUUUAAAUUGAACAUUUAGUUUACUUGCAAGAACAGGCAGUGUCGUGCAGAGAGGUCAGUGUUGUCAUUGCUUCAGGAGCGACAGCUCCUGACGGCAUGCUUUUGGGUCACCUGUGGGGCAUUCUGGAGAACGUUCGUUGAAUACUAGUUGACCUGCCUGCAUUCUUUCCAUUUUUUAUUUUCUCUUCUCGCAUGACAUUCAUGAGGCUGUUCAUCAAGCAGGUGUUUUAAAUUCAUCUAUUGGUGCUGACGCAUCUGCAAAGCUGAUUUUAAUUUCUCCCUUUUCUUUCUUGGUUGCACAUUGUCUCUGCAGCUGCAGGGACAGUCAUUGCAUAGCUUCGAAGCACCUUCUUAUUUGCAAUUACUGUGUCCUGCCACUACCGUUGAAACAGUGUUAAGGAAAUUGGAUAGCACUCCUACGCAGCGUUGACUUCAAUAUGCAUUGGCAUGCUUUUGUUCAUUAAUACUUCUUAACUAUUUCACUAUUCUCACAAUUCAGUUUUAAUGAGAUUGAUUAAAAUGCAAGACGGCAGCAUUUGAUAACUGUGCACAACGCCCUCUGAUGCAGCAUUGUACUAUGCUCACAGAAUGGAACGUGACAGUGAAACAUAAAUUAGAACAUUCCAUGUGGGGCAAUUACUCAAGAGUGCCACGUCACGUUUCUGCGUAUCUGGUCAAUAACGUGAUGCAGACAUCAAUCUAAAAGUGAGAGCCAAAAUUACGUCCAUGUCACGCAAACUACAGACCGGAAAUGACAGUCACUGCACUAGUUAGCCCUAAAUUUAUACAUUUCAUUUUGCGAGCACCAUGCGUCGGAUCGGUUGAUUUGUCUAGAUUCCGUUCUCCUUGUCAUCGACAUUGUUCAGGCCUACUCGUGUUACAAUUCCUCUCGCCUCUGACAAGCGUGUGGUCACACUGCAACAGUGAAAUUGUUUAGCAAGGUCUUCUUGCCGAGCUUAUCAACUCUGACAAGAGGGAGAAGUUUUCAGAAAUGUUACGAAGAGCUGAAAGCACUGUCAAGGAAAUGUGAACUUGGAGGGUGUAAACGUCUGUGUUCUUGAUACAAAGGAAUGAGGUAGCUUGCCAGCCAGGCAGCUGUAAUCAAUUUGCUGCAUGCAUUUCUAUUGACUAAACCUUGGCACGUGAGUUUGUACACAUUUCCAACUUUGCGCCAUUCGUAAGAACCUACGACCACGUUUCUGGUGCUUCUGUUUAAGUUUUAAUUGCAAAAUGUGAAUGUUGGAAUGCACUGAACAUUGUUUUCAGUUACACACUUCUUUUUACUCUGUACCUUUGUCUCAUAAAUUAAAUGUUUUGUUCUACACGAUACCUAAAUACACAAGAGUGAUGACGUUACAGGUUUAAUAUACAAAUUUGGUAGCAGCAUGGCUGGAUUUUACAAAAAGACCCAUUGGCAAUCAGGCGCUGUUUUCUUUAUUCGUUUUAGUUGCGCGCAAUUCGAUAAACUGGAAACCAUAUACAUGCCUAUCACUGGGCAUUUUAACUUUCUGCAAAGUGGAAACAAGGAAGAGGUAAAAUGUGGACCAAUCCAGACAGUUCAUCACUGUAAUGGAUACAGCAGUUGUUUUCAAAGCCCAGAAACUUUACUUGGUGACUUGCAUGUUCUUUACAUAAGUGACUGUAGGUGUUAGCUACAUUGACACGUCCAUUCCAGACUGAAGUUGAUACAGGCCGCGGUAUUGUUGCAAGUCAAGCUGAAUGUUUGAAAUUGGAUGCUUUAUACCUAUUUUUAAAGGGUUUGCAGAGUGAGAUAGUGACUAACUAUUUGUCGUGAUGAAAUAUAAGCUAGCUAGUCGAUGGGGCACAAGAAGUUUUAUCUUGUGGUAAGCAUGGGCAAGUUGGAUCGAAGUGUGUACAUAUCAGACAGCAGGUCUUUUGACUGCAAUGCUUAUUUUUGCUAGAUGCGUAGCCUAAAACUUCAGCAUUCCAAGUCAUUCCUUUUUUUGUGUGUGUGCUUCAUGACUACAUAAUGUGGAGCAUUCAGUUAACACUCCAGUGUUGGACUACAUCAUAAGGUGCAUCUACUUUGCAUGUCAAAUAUUCAUUCUUUUAUUCUUUUUCUUUUUGUAACUCUACGUUUUAAGACACACAUUCCUGCAUUUUGAUGUUCUGUGUGUGGCAAAAGUCUGCAAAUAUAUUUUAAAGCUCAAUUUUAGUGUAAUAGUUCGGCAUGCAAACAUAGCUUAGUUUUUGAAAACAAAAACAUCUUAGCAUCUUUUGGAUGUUGAAAAUGUUGGCGGGUUAGGCAGCUCUUCAUUAUUUAGGUGCAGUUAGUUGCACAAGCAUAAGUGAAGCUUCUGCCUUUGCCUUCUCUUUGUAGCUGUGCUAGGUUGCUCGAAAUGUGCUGAGGUCCAUUGAUGAGACACCCCUGUUUGAUGUGUGGCGUUUUAAGUGACAAACUGAUGUAACAUAGACAAGUGAUCUUCAGCAGUUAUAAACUUUUUUAAAAGACAGCUAUGUCUGUCAGCUUCUGUAGCAAAAGCAGGCUGUGACAGUUGCACGAAAUUUGGAUUCGAUAUUGAAAUUUUCACUGCACACAUUUCCUGUUGUUCGAACCUGACUUUGGCAAAAUAUUCCAUGCUUAUUCAACGUCUCUGCAACAAAAUUUCCCCCACCCCCCCUUUUUUUUAGUGGUUUUCUAUUUGUUAAACCAUUUGACACACACAUCGGGGCUGCUGUGAUUACAGAAAUACAAGAUUCUAAAUGCAUGCAUUGAUGUUUGCCUACAGUUUUGAGUUUCUUGCCUGCUUGAUAUGGUCCCCAUAAGAAAAAAUAUGUAUUAAUGUAAGGAUUACCAUCGAGGCAAAGAGAGUGGGAAAGUCCUGUUUGAGACUUUUGUACAUAUGUACGUACCGCGUGUAUUUAUUACUACAAAUAAACUAUAU